AUGGAGGUGGCCAAGGUCGAAAUGCCCGGAGAUGUUACUUGUCUGGAUAUCGCUCCUGUCCCGGAAGGAAGACAAAGAUCGCGUUUCCUCGCAGUCGGAUCAUUUAACAAUGUCAUUAGUAUCUUGUCAUUGGAUCCUGAUAACUGCUUGGAGGCUUCCGUUGCCGGAGAAGAUGGCGCUGAUCACCCUGCUUAUCUUUUUCUGAAUGCUGGUUUACAAAAUGGAGUUCUUGUUAGGUCAGUGGUGGAUAUGGUUACCGGCCAGGUCUCAGAUUGGCGGUCUAGGUUUUUAGGACUUAAACCGCCAAAGUUGUUUUCGAUAUCUGUUAGAGGACGGCGCGCUAUGAUUUGCCUAUCGAGCAGACCUUGGCUUGGUUACGUAAACCAAGGACAGUUCCAAAUCAAUCCUUUGAGCUAUGAAAACCUCCAGUUUGCCGCCGCGUUUUCAUCCCUACAUUGUGCAGAAGGUGUAGUUGCUGUUUCCGGGGAUGCGUUGAGGGAUCAAGGAGGUUUCGGCGCUGAGGAGCGCGAAGCUAACAAAAAGGAGUGCGUUGAGGCAGAAAGUGGAAAUGAUGCGCAACAGAUGGAGAUUUGUGGCGAAGAAGAAGAGAAUGAUCCUCUCUCUGAUGAACAAUACGGCUAUCCUAAAGCCAAAUCGGACAAAUGGGUGUCUUGCAUUAGAGUGUUCGAUCUGAUUACGAGACAAACUUCAUGCCUGUUGGAGCUCCAGGACAAUGAAGAAGCUUUCAGUAUUUGUACUGUGAAUUUCCAUGAUAAGGAGUACGGAACGAUGCUAGCUGUUGGCAGGGUGAAAGGCCUAAAGUAUAGCCCUAAAAGAUCAUUUGAUGCUGCAUACAUUCAUGUGUGUCGGCUCAAAGAAGAUGGGAAGGUGCUUGAGCUUGUCCACAAGACACAAGUAGAAGGAAUCCCUCUUAGGCUGUGUCCGUUCCAAGGGAGGUUAUUAGCCGGUAUAGGGCCGGUUCUUCGGCUGUAUGAUCUUGGCAAGAAAAGGUUACUCAGGAAAUCCAUGUGGACUUUGAUACUACGGCUGGAGCUUGAUAAGUUUGGAAACAUAUUUUUCGCGCGUUUGCCUCAAGAUGUCUCUCAGGAGAUUGAAGAAGACCCCACUGGAGGUAGGAUUAAGUGGGAGCAAGGAAAACUGAAUGGUGCGCCAAAUAAGGUGGAAGAAAUUGUUCGGUUUCAUGUUGGAGAUGUGGUCAGUUGCAUGCAGAAGGGUUCGCUGAUCCCCAGUGGCAGAGAAGGGAUCAUUUACGGAACUGUCAUGGGAAGUGUUGGAGCAAUGAUUCCGUUCACAUCUCGCGAUGAUGUCGACUUCUUCUCUCAUUUAGAGAUGCAUUUAAGACAGGAACAUCCACCUCUUUGCGGGAGAGAUCAUAUGGCUUACAGAUCUGCAUAUUUCCCUGUGAAGGAUGUGAUCGACGGAGAUUUGUGCGAGCAAUUCCCUACAUUGCCAUUGGAUAUGCAGAGGAAAAUUGCUGAUGAAUUAGAAAGGACACCAGCUGAGAUUGUGAAGAAGCUUGAAGAACUGAGGAGCAAGAUCAUUUAA